GGGAGGCGAGGUUCUUGGGGAGGUUGAAUUGGGCCGAGGGAGGUGCGACACCUGAUACGGCGCCGGAGACUGUGUAUGGGACAUGCCGGGAGAUGGGCAUCAGAGGUAAUACCUCUUUGGAUAGAUUUAAUCUCACUUGGAUCCUUCCUGUUCCCAAUUCAGACCAUGGAUAUAUCCUCCGACUUCACUUCUGUGAUAUAGUUAGCAAAGCUCUCUACGAACUCUACUUUGAUGUUUACAUAAAUGGCUACUCCGCUUAUAAAGACCUUGACCUCUCAUCACAAUCCUUCGCCUUAGCUUCACCUUACUACAUUGAUUUUACUGUGAACUCAAAUCCCUCAGGGAGCAUUCAUAUAAGCGUUGGACCAUCUCAACGCAGUCUCCCAUGGAAAAGCAACGCCAUACUUAACGGAUUGGAGAUCAUGAAGAUCAAUGGUGUCGCUAAAUUCUCAGAACCCGAUAGGAAGGAUAAUCAUGUUGGGAUUUUAAUUGGGUCUAUUCUUGGAUGCUUUGUGUUUUUAUGCUUGUUCCUGGGUUUUGUUCUGAUAGUUCUAAGAAGAAGGAGAAAGGAAAAACAGAAACCUGUAUCAUCAGAAUCUCGGGUUUGGUCACCAUUGGAACUUACUGUAACAUCUCAUGGCAGCACUCGAAACCUCAGCCUCAAAAUACCCAUCUCUGACAUUCUCAUGGCAACUAACAAUUUCGAUGAUAAUUCUCAAAUUGGGUCAGGUGGAUUUGGUAAAGUCUAUAAAGGAAUGCUCAGAGAUGGAACUCCAGUUGCUGUAAAGAGAUGCAACAAUGACAAUAGUAGUAAAGGCUAUAGACAAGGCUUGACAGAGUUCAAGUCUGAAAUCUUGAUCCUAACUAAAAUAAGACACCGCCACCUUGUUUCCUUAAUUGGAUACUGCGACGAGAGAUCAGAGAUGAUCCUUGUAUACGAAUUCAUGAAAAAUGGACCGCUAAGAGACAAUCUCUAUGGCUCUACUAAGAUUAAGCCUCAUUUAUCGUGGAAGCAAAGAUUAGAAAUCUGUAUUGGAUCAGCAAGAGGCUUGCACUAUUUACACACAGGCACAGAUCAAGGAAUCAUCAUCCACCGUGAUGUCAAGUCCACCAACAUAUUGCUCGACGAGAACUACACGGCCAAAGUUGCUGACUUUGGCCUAUCGAAAUCAGCAGGGCCUCAUAUAGAGCAGACCCAUGUAAGUACUGGUGUUAAGGGGAGUUUUGGAUAUCUUGAUCCUGAGUAUUUCAGGACUCAGCAGAUUACGGAUAAGUCUGAUGUGUAUUCUUUUGGUGUAGUGCUUCUCGAAGUGUUUUGUGCAAGGGCUGUCAUUGAUAGGUCGUUGUCUUGGGAGGAGGUGAAUUUGGCUGAGUGGGGAAUGAAAUGGUUGAAGAAGGGGCAUAUUGAGAGGAUUAUUGAUCCAAUUCUGAGAGAUGAGAUUGAUGCUAAGUCAUUGAAGAAAUUUGGGGAGGUUGUGGAGAAGUGUUUGGCUCAGUAUGGAGUUGAUAGGCCUACAAUGGGUGACGUGCUAUGGAAUUUGGAGUGCGUGCUUCAACUCCAUGAGUCUUCUGUAACUUUAGGAACGGAAGGAUAUUGGGUGGAUUGAAGCUCUGUGAAGGAGUCAUGUGUUGGAACCUCUAACCGUACGAAUCAUCCACAAUGAGCCCGAGCUAAUUGAUUUUAUGACAGGGGAAAGCUAAUUAACUCAUCCAAUCUUCCAGCUUGCCAGCGUUAGUGUACAUCAAUGAAAGGAUUAUGCUAUUUAUUUUUACUCUGUACAAAAGCUUCGUUACCUUGUUGCACGUACACUCCCACUAGUAAACA